AUGCUUGGAAUCUUUGCCUUCUUUGACUCGGCAUUGCUAGCGAUGGGUAACCUUUUAUUCGUCAUCGGAGUUGUUCUCAUUAUUGGCCCAGCUCGAGCAGUAUACUUUUUCGCUCGCCCAAACAAAAUCAAGCCCACACUCUUCUUUUUUGGUGGAAUCGUGUUGAUCCUAAUGAAGCGCUCGUUCAUUGGAUUUGCCGUUGAAUCGGUAGGAAUCUUGUAUUUGUUUGGUGACUUCUUUGGCACGUUGGUUCAAUUUUUGCGUAAUUUCCCUGUGAUCGGCUCCAUCUUGCGUCAUCCUAUGGUGGAACCAUACGUGAACAGAGCUGCUGGCUUGGAUACGCUUCCUGUUUGA